UUCAUGGCAAUGGUGUAUCAGUCGGUCGUAGUACAAGAGGAACUAAUCCGUAAAGGACCUUGGCUUGAGGAGGAAGACGAACGGUUAGCAACUUUCGUGACUCUCAUGGGAGAGCGUCGUUGGGACACUAUAGCCAAAGUAUCAGGACUUAGGAGGAGUGGUAAGAGCUGCAGAUUGAGAUGGAUGAACUAUUUGCGGCCCGAUCUCAAGCAUGGUCAAAUGAAUGCAGAGGAGGAGCGCAUAAUUCUCCAACUUCAACAUCGCUGGGGAAACAAAUGGUCGAAAAUAGCUCGGAAGUUGCCUGGAAGAACUGAUAAUGAGAUAAAGAAUUACUGGAGAACUCAUCUACGGAAGAAAACACAAACUGAAGAACAAGAGAAGGACAAGGCGGCAAAAGAUGCACCCCAACCAGAUUUCUUACAGCAAAGAGAUGUUGAUCACAGUGAGAAGAGAACAUGGAUUGAACAUGAAGUAUAUGCUCAAGAGGAUAUAAUGAGACCACCGGAGCACUCCUUUGAUGUUUCUGGAUUAUCUCCGCGAAACGUCCUUGCUUAUUCACCAUAUGAAAAUCACAUAUUGGAUUGGAUUUCUUCGAGUGAGUCUGUGUCAUUAAAUGAUAACAAUGUACUCAAACAUAAUGGACAGUGCGGCAUCUCAUCCUCUGAUUCAUGGUUCAAUAUUGCUGCAGAUAGUAGUAUACUGGAUUUCACUUCAAUUUCCCUUUGGGAGAAUGACAAAAACUAA